GUUGGUGAUUGUCUGUUCACUUUCUUUAUUAUUUUUUUUGUCUCUGUAAGGGAUUAUUUAUUGGAUUUGUUGUGAUAGGGGAGAGAAAGGAUUAUUGCUAAUUGAGAGUUCCGACUACGUUAUGGAGGAAGACAACGAUCGGCCUAGAAAGCUUCCUAAGCUUGAUCACGACGAGUCUCAGGAUUCGGAGCCCAGAAUGAGCGGUGCGCUGCACGUCGCUGAUAAUGUCUCUACGGCUGCUACGGCUGGGACAGACAAUGGCGACAACGAGCAACCUAUCAUGACGUCCGAGAAUGAUACUACUACUACUGCCCACGGCGCCGCCGCCGACAGCACCACAGCCCCCACCACCGAAGAUGGAGCGCCCAAGAUCUCCAAGCGCGAGAUGAAGCGCCAACGCCGCCGCGAACAAUGGGACCAGCAGCGCGAUCUGCGACUCGCAAAGCGCAAGAAAACCGCACAGGCGCGCAAAGAGCGCCGCCGCGCAGCGUUCGAACAGGCGCGGCUGGACGGUACGGAAGCCGAACUGAAGAAGCAAUACGAACGGACUCAGGAGCGCUUCCGCAAGUCGACGCUGCUUCCGCUUACACUAGUCAUUGACUGCGGAUACGACGAGUUGAUGUUGGAGAAGGAGCGGAUUUCACUGGGGUCGCAGAUCACGCGGUCGUACUCGGAUAACAGUCGGUCGGUGUAUCGGUCGCAUUUGGUGUUUUCGUCGUUCAAUAAGAAGUUGAAGGAGCGGUUUGAUACGAAGUUGAAUAAACAUUACUUGAACUGGAAAGGGGUUAGGAUCCUGCCGGAUGAUUUCGCCGAGGUGGCGGAGAAGGCGAAGGAGUGGAUGGUUGUUCCUGACGGGGGUAAGAUGGAGGGAGUCUUUGCUGAUAAGGCGGAUAUGAAGCCUGAGGAGGGGGAGGUGGUUUAUCUGAGCAGUGAUAGUCCUCAUACGUUGACGGAGUUGAAGCCGUUCAGUACGUAUAUUGUUGGGGGUUUGGUGGACAAGAAUCGGCACAAGGGGAUUUGUUAUAAGCAGGCCGUCGAGAAGGGGAUCAAGACGGCUAAGCUGCCUAUCGGAGAUUAUAUCCAGAUGGCGUCCAGACAAGUGCUGGCUACGAAUCAUGUCGUGGAGAUUAUGCUCAAGUGGUUGGAGCUGGGGGAUUGGGGGAAGGCCUUCUUGGCUGUUAUUCCGCAGCGGAAGGGUGGGAAGUUAAAGGAGUCGGGAGCUGAGGCGGAGGGGUCUCAGCAUGAGGAGGAUAAUGCAGAGGAGGAAGAAGAGGAGGAAGAAGAGGAGGCGUUGGAGCAGGCCCAGCAGGCUGCAGAGGAGCCUGAUCAGGCGAUGGCAGAGGCAUCUGCGGAGAGCAAGUGAGGGCUUGCUGCUGGACAUAGUGUAUAUAUGCAGCGGUAUAAGCUGCCAUCAGGUUGUCUACUAAAGAAGUGGCUGGCCAAUCUACUUUUUUUCCGAUGACUAGCAGGAAGUUACUAG